AUGAAAUUACCAUUCUACACGACAGCCAUUCUCUUCUCCAGUGGUUCAUACGCCGCAAUCAUGAGGCGAGCGCUCCCAGAUUUCACCACUUCGGAAGCCGGCAACCCUUUCGUGGACGGGUGGUACGCCGAUCCCGACACAUGCGUCUACAAGGGCCAGUAUUGGGUAUUCCCGACCUCAUCCUACGCCUAUGACGAGCAGACCUAUCUAGAUGCUUUCUCUUCGACCGACUUAGUGCACUGGACCAAACAUGCGGACAUCAUUACCAAAGCCCAGGUAUCUUGGGCAAACAGAGCCAUGUGGGCGCCCGCCCAUAUUGAACGCGACGGAAAAUACUACCUGUACUUUGCAGCCAAUGAUAUCCAAGAGGGAGAAAAGCAGGUUGGCGGUAUUGGUGUUGCCGUAGCAGACCAGCCCGAGGGCCCUUACAAAGAUGCGAUCGGGAAGCCGCUCAUUGGCGAGUACCAUAAUGGGGCACAACCCAUCGAUCAAGAUGUCUUCAUCGACGAUGAUGGUCAGGCGUAUAUCUACUAUGGUGGCCACGCGCAUGCCAAUGUUGCCAAGCUGAACAGCGAUAUGGUUAGCAUCGGCACCUUCUCAGACGGGAGCCAGUUCAAAGAAAUCACACCCGAGAACUAUGUUGAGGGUUCCCUGAUGUUCAAGCGCAAUGGGAAGUACUACCUCAUGUGGUCUGAAGGGGGAUGGACGGGCCCGGAUUACUCAGUCUCAUACGCCAUUUCGGAUUCACCCAUUGGCCCUUUUAACCGGGAAGCCAAGAUUCUCCAGCAGGAUACCGCUGUAGCAACUGGUUCUGGCCAUAACGGGGUCAUCAAAGUCCCCGGAACGGACAUCCGGUACAUCUUCUAUCACCGCAGGCCAUUAGGCGAUAGUGAUUGCAACCAUCGUCAUCUUGCCUAUGAUAGGAUGUACUUCAAUGAGGAUGGGACAAUCAAGCCAGUCACGAUGCUGGUCAAGGACAACUUUGAGGACGGGAACCUGAUUGGCUGGAACACCUCUUUUGAAGGGUCCUUCUCAGUCAAGGACGGGAAGCUUAAGGCGGAAAAGGCCACAAGUGGAAAGGCCCUUCAGAACACAGGAUUCGAGGAUUUGGUGUUUGACAUCGACAUCGCCCUCGUUGAUCCAGAUGUUGGGUCAAACGCUCAAGAUUCCGGUGAUGCGGGAGUUCUUUUCGGCGUUACGAGUGCUUCAGCAGGAAUCGACAGCUUGACUGGGUUCUACGCUGCAAUUGACGCAUCAGGCGAGGUCGUUCUAGGUCAAAUGGACCAGGGUUGGACUCAACUAGCAUCUGUCCAGACGCCGAUCCAGACUGGAACUGACUACCAUCUAAGGGUGACUGUCAUCAACAAGGAGGUCAAAGUCUUUGUUGAUGAUAUGAGCGCCCCUAAGCUGACACACGUCGUUUCGAAGAGUACAAAGGGUACCACGGGAGUGCGAGUGUUCCGGACCGGGGCUCUCUAUGAUAACCUUUCUGUUGCACACCCGCAGUAA